GUUGUCUUCUCUCGUAAAAUCUCAAUCUCAACGUCGGCGCAGCGCAUACCAGUCUUACUCCUAGCUCCUCGGAACCAUCCUCGUUGAUCUUUGUUCCUUGUUCUGCAGUCUCUGAAUCUUCUCCCUUGCUGCGCACUCUCUACUAUCCGCUCAUCCAUUGUAUUCUCUACCUUCUACUCUCAAACAAUCUCGGGAGAACCAAUCCAUUGAAGCAUCAUCAUCCUUUCUGUAAUCGGCUCCUGGAAUAUUUUCCUUGCCCCCAUCGCAGCAAGACCUGCUGCAUUGCUAUCAUGUGCACUCGGGGAACAAAAAUGCGGAGCUGCGGUAGGAAGGAGGACGGUUGUGAGAGCGUGAGGAGAACGGCGGGACAGUGCCGGGAUCAGAACAGACGAGCAUCUUUCAGCGCAAUGAUUGUGUUGGUGUCUUGUUUGUUUGCAGACACAUGUCUUGCGUUGAGGUGUCUACCUAAUGUCAGGACAAUGACUGCAAGCCGGCUUGCAACGAGCUCAAACCGUGCCAAGAUCCGUCAAGGGGCCUUACAUAUACCCGGUCGACUGCACGCUGUUCUCAGUAUGCAAGGAGUGGUGUUGAGGGGAGAUGGUUGUUCAACCAGUUGCUUGCAAGCCAAAUGGAGUCAGAACAUCACUGUUGAGGACAGCACAAGGUCAGAUGAGAAUCAGAAGAAGAACGCGUCGGAUGUUGAUAGCGUCAUGGCAGAUCAAGAUCAAGAUAUCAGUGAGCUGUUCGACUUUCACGAUGUGAAUAUCAACAGACUGAUCAAACCACCUCACAACGAGUCUUUUGAUCUUAUGAGUAUUCAAAACGACAUCUCCAUUCUCUCCAUCUACAGCCUAUCUCAAGCCAUCUGCGAGCUGGUUGCACAGGGUCCCAAAGACACGCCAGGCAUGACACUCACAGACUGGAUCAUAGUAUCACGAUAUUUCACCAGCGCGGCGACUCUCAGCAUAUCAUGGGUAGCUGCUGGGAUUAUGCUAAAUCAGUUCCAAAAAGGAAGUUGGCAUGUUUUCGAGCAUGAGAAUGCUCGCUUCAAGGACGCUUUCCGCUGCUGGCUCAUCGCAAUGCCAUUGCAUCAGGUAAGGUUUUCCUUGCUCUUCCUCUCAGUGUUGUUGUUCCUCUUUCUAGCGUUUCUCUUGUGCAGUCUUGGGGUGGUCCUUUUAUGGAGGAAGGUGGAGCCAUACCUGUAUUGACGGGUCGAGUUGUACUUGCUGUCCAUCUCGGAGGAAAGGAUGUGUAAACAAUGUAAACAAUCAGAAAGCAUGCUCGGCAUGCAUUCGACCGUACAAACAGUAGCAGGCGCACAAGUACCAAACAACAAUACACUGAAACAUAAUGUCUUUAUUGAAAUGGAAAUAAUCUC